AUGGAAAGGAUGAAGUUGCAAACUCAACGGCGGGAUGUUUUACUUCGACUUGCCUCUUCUUCGGGGACCACCCUAUUCUUUCUUGUCUGUGGGACCCGUAUGCUUGUGCUUCUAGCGAUGCUCGUCUCAUACGCGGUGCUCCCGAAGUUGCUUGACACGGAGCUUCUUUUUGACACCUCUGGGUUGCUGCAAAACGAUACGAGUGGUCAGUGGGGGUUUCUGGACUUUCCUCGUAGUUGGGACGGCGUUCACUACUUUCAUAUAGCAAAAUAUGGGUAUUCUCAUGAAAACACUUGUGCGUUUUUUCCUCUUCUUCCAUCUCUUGUGCGUAUUAUUUCGUGGCUUAACAACUUUUUUUUGUCAACACCCCUUGCCGUUUUUCCUAUUUCCUUCCAGGUGGCUUUGCUGAACGUUGCGCUGGGUGGAGCCUCUGCUAUUUUUCUGCGACGUAUUACGGUGCUGACUCUUCUUCGUUCGACAGUGACCGGUAGAAUGGCGGCGGUUGGUGGAACAUGGCUGGAUGAGUUACCACCACCACCAACCCUGCGGCAUUAUAGUCAAAAGGAAAACGACUCGGGUAAAGAUGUCAAGAAGACGCUAAGACGGGAGGUGGGUGCGGUGCUUUUGAUGUGGAUGAUGAGUCCCACAGCCGUGUUUACCGUGGUUGUGUACACAGAAAGUGUAUUUUCAUUCUUGACGUUUGUGGGAUUGUAUUUGCUUCUUUUUUCACCAAAGGCAGGAAGCAGGAUUGUAACGAUUGCUGCUGAGGCUGGCGCCGUGUUGUGUUUUACUUUGGCAGGAUGGGCCCGCUCCAAUGCCUUUCUGUAUGCGGGAUUCUUGUUGUAUCCCAUUUUUUUGCAGAUCUUCUUAUUCAACACGUACAGGAGGCGUUACCGCCAGUACCAUGGGGACACCAAGGCGCUUUCGCGGUGGCCAAGCUUUCUGCGGUGUGCGGUAGUUUUGUUGGAAUUGAUGGUCAUUUGUGUACCCUAUCUUUCCAUGACGUACUUCUGUUUUGGUCGGUUUGUGCCGCAGUGGGAUCCCACGUCACGGAUGACAAUUGGUGGUCGCUUUUUCUCCUUUUACGGAUGGAUACAAAAACGCUACUGGAAUGUGGGGUUCCUUACUUCCUACCGGUUGAAAAAUAUUCCGAAUGUCUUUAUUUCCGCCCCCAUUGUAUUUUUCACAGUUCGGGGGUUUUGGCUUUUUUAUGUCAUUCCUGCAUUUGAAGGGGCGACCUCAACAGCAUCAAAAGGAAGUAACGGAUGCGGUGGUGUCAGUAGAAAAAAAAACAACGGUUUACAGAAAAACCGAUGGUUUUAUUUUUCCUUCUUUUGUCGUAUAAUAGAGGCCUUAGUUCAAUCGUCCAACAUGCUGUACCUUGUUAUCCUAAUUUGUAUUGGGGUUACUAUGGUGCAUGUGAACGUGGUGAAUCGUUUCAUUAUGUCUUCACCCGCGCUGUACUGGAUUUGGGCUCGACAGAUUGUGUGGGAUCCAUGGGGAGGUAGCACAAUUGUCAUGUUCCGCAUAUUUUUGAUGUGGAAUUUUAUUGGGGUUCUUUUUUUCCCCAAUGGAAUGCCAUGGACCUAA